AUGAAGAUAUUGGCAUGGAAUUGUAGGGGUCUAAAAUCAGCGGACUCCCCUACAAUUCCAUUUCUCAGCUGGCUAGUCCGCAAAUUCUCACCUAACAUAUUAUUCUUAUCUGAAACUAAGUCCUCAGCCACUGAUAUAGACAAGCUUGCUGCAUAUUUUGGGUAUUCUCGAGCAGCCUCGGUUGAUGCUAUAAAUAACACGGGAGGACUGGCGGUAUUUUGGCAUAGUGACGUCGAUGUAAAUAUCUAUGAUAGUUCUGCUAAUCAUUUUGGCUGUAUUAUAACUGAUGUAGUAGCUAAUGUAAUAUAUAAAUGGAAUCUUAUAUUGUUGUACGGAUCGCCUUACAUAGAGUCACGGGGUACGGUGUGGGAUAAAAUCACACUCUGUGUGACGCAAAAUAAUCUUGAUUGUGUAAUAUUAGGAGACUUCAAUCAAGUAGAAUUUCUAAAUCAAAAAUUGGGGGGCUCCGACGUAAUCCAAGGAAGAGAGCAAUUUGCUAGCUGGAGAAGGACUUUAGGGCUUUCAGAGCUUAGCUAUCAGGGUCAAUCAUAUACCUGGUGCAACAAUAGAUCAGAAGAUGAUAGAAUUUAUGAAAGGUUAGACAGAGUGUAUGCUACUGAAGAAUGGCUCCAAAAAAAUCCAGAAGCAAUGACCCUUAAUCUACCUAUUCUAAUCUCAGAUCAUAGUCCUAUUUUCCUUCACACUUCCCCAUCUCAUGAACGUAGGAGAUCUCCAAUUAAACUGGAAGCUUGGUGUCUAGAUUUUAAGGAAAUCUCGCACAUUAUUACAGACAUAUGGCAUACCCACGUUGAUGGAUCCCCAAUGUAUAGGGUAGCCCAAAAAUGUCGUCGCAUAAGAUAUAGAUUAUUCAAAUGGUGCCAAGAGUUCAAAAGGUCUAAUAACAUUAACUGGGAAGAGUGUUUAGAUCAGUGUGGCGAAGCUCAGUCAAAUCUGCUGAACCUCAAUGGAGGUAUCCAGGACGAGAAGAUUGUACAAUCAGCAAGGGAAAAAUUGACCUUACAGGUGAAAUUUUGGAAUCAACGGGUCAAGAGUAAAUAUCGAGCUUGGGAAGAUUCAAACACCAAAUGGUUUUUCCGUAAAGCAAAGAGUAGGAAAAAGCGUAAUCAAAUUCUUAUGAUUAAGUCAGCGGAGGGUAACUGGAUAUCAGAUCAAAAAGCAAUACAAUUGGAGAUGAUGAAAUAUUUUGCUCAGAUUUAUCAAGGUCGGCAUCAUGGUAGUGAUUAUUGGGAGGAGCUUUCCACUAUACGGAAUUUGAUACCACAAUUAUCAGAGGAUCAACAGAAUUCUUUGACAAAAUCAGUUACUUUUGAGGAAGUGAAGUUAGUAGUAUUUCAGAUGGGCAGUCUUAAGGCACCGGGACCAGAUGGUAUUCCAGCUCAGUUUUAUCAACAAUAUUGGUCAACGGUGGGUACUGAUAUUUGGAAGGCGGUCUCCCAUUUCUUCUCUACAGGUUACAUGCUCAGGGAGUGGAAUUACACCAACAUCUGCCUCAUUCCAAAGACUGAAAGACCAGAAGAAGCAAGUCAAUUUCGUCCCAUCAGCCUAUGUAAUGUUAUUUAUAAAAUAAUAUCUAAGGUCAUUUCUAACCGUCUUAAACCAAUAUUGAGGGAGUUAAUUUCCCCAUUCCAAAAUGCCUUCGUUCCCGGGAGACAAAUGGUUGAUAAUUGCUUAAUCGCCCAUGAGUUGGUCAACAACAUCAAACAGAAAACAUCCGGCAAACAGUAUCUGGCGGCUCUGAAGAUUGACAUGUUUAAAGCCUACGACAAAGUAGAUUGGGAUUUCUUAGAUUGGCUGUUGGCGCAAAUGAGAAUCCCUAGUAAAUGCCGUCAUUGGAUCAUGCAAUGCGUAACUACUGUGUCUUACUCAAUCAUUGUCAAUGGAGAACCUACUUCUCGCUUCUAUCCUACUUGCGGUCUCAGACAGGGAGACCCAUUAUCCUCCUAUCUUUUCAUUCUUGUUAUGGAUGUUCUGUCUAGAAUGUUAACUAAUGGGAUAGCUGACAAAUCCUUUGAGGGCAUAAAAAUAUCCAAACUGGGACCUUCAGUCUCACAUCUUUUUUUUGCAGAUGACUCUCUAAUUUUCUUCAAAGCAAAUCUGAAGUCUUGUGAUGGAGUGAAGAAUAUCGUAUCAAAGUUCAGCAGAUUAUCAGGGGAAGUUAUCAACUACCAUAAGUCUCUGAUUAUGUUCAGUCCAAACACGCCUCACAAUUCUCGUCAACAAAUGAGAGCUUUAUUUAAUACCCCAGUUGCAGAUUCUCUUGGAAAAUAUUUGGGUGCGAAUAUCGAAGUGAAUGGAAGGAAUACCAGAUUGUAUCAUCCGCUUGUAGAAAAGGUGGAGAAAAAGCUCUCAAGCUGGCAUAAUCUCUCACUCUCACUCGCUGGACGAAUCAUAUUGAUUAAUAGCAUCCUAUCUAUGCUCAGUCUGAAUAUUCUCAGUACUUUCCUCAUACCUAAGACUAUAGCAAACCGGUUGAAUUCCAUCUUUGCAAGGUUUCUGUGGGCUGGUACAAGUGAUAAAAAACCUAUCUACUGGAAAGGAAAGUCAACACUGGAGUUACCUAAAAGUAGCGGAGGGCUAGGUAUAAGAAAUGUUCAUCUUUUUAACAAAGCGUUGCUGGCAAAGCAAGCAGUUAGAAUUCAUAACUCCAGUCACUCUCUGAUAGCUCAAUUGUAUAUUGCAAAAUAUAAGGCAUCUCCACUCAACUUGACCCUGAAUAAGGUAAAGUUAGGAAGAGUUUCCUGGGGUUUUAGGGGUCUCUGCAGGGCUGUCCGAGAUUGCGAGGGAGGUUUCACUAAAAUAAUAGGCGAUGGCUCGGACACCAAAAUCUUAGAGGAUAAGUGGGUUAAAGGUGAUCCCAUCAAGCUUAAAACUGGAAUUCAGUUACAAGAAAGAGGAUUUCGCACUGUUAAAGAUUUAUUCGUGGUAAAUCAAAAGAGGUGGAACUCGGAGCUCAUCUGGAAGCUCUUUGUGCCAGAAUCGUCUACUAGGAUUCUCACAACCUACAUUCCUAAGGAGCAUAUUCAGGAUUAUUAUGCAUGGAGUGAAUCUAGGCACGGGGAUUUCCGAGUAAAGGAUGCUUACGUAUUCCUUCUGGGACUGAGAGGCGGUACUCAAUCCAAUUGUUCUCAAAGGAGAUUCUGGAGUAAACUCUGGGCAUCAGAUCUUAGACCCAAAUGGAAAAUUUUUAUCUGGAGACUUCUCCAGAAUUCCUUAGCUGUCAAUUGCAACCUAGCAAAACGCAACAUUCCCAUCAGUGUUAACUGCAGCAUAUGCCAUCAAUUUCCAGAGGAUGAAAAGCAUCUAUUCAGAGACUGUGAUACAUCUUCUCGAAUAUGGUCGGCUUCGGUCCUCGGGAUUAAUACGCGGUCAAGUGUAUACAUUCCGCUUGGAGAUUGGAUUCGGAAUUUCUUACAUCUCUUUUGGCGGGAAGAUGGGUUAAAUUCUGAGAGGGUAAGAGAGUUUGUGACUACUCUCUGGUCAAUCUGGCUUUAUCGAAAUAGUAUUGUGUUUAACAACUUAACUGAACACCCGAUGGCUAUAUUUCAAAAAAAGAAAAUCCUUCUCGAAGAAUUCGAUGAGAGCGGUAAAGUAACAAGGAAGCAACUUAAGAGGGGUUUAAUUGCUUCGGAUUCACAUCAGCCAGACUCACCUUUUCGUAUUGUUCAGUCAAACGUAUGCUCAGUUUUAGUAGAUGGAGCUUGGAAGAGACAUAAACUAAAUUACCCGAGAGUGGGAAUAGGAUGGACAGCCUAUAUGAACGGUUAUAAGAUAUUUGAGGGUAACGACAAGGUUUUAGCUUCUUCUUCUCUACAAGCUGAAGCCCUAGCAGUGUAUCGGGGUCUCCAUGAAGCUUACUCAAAAGGAUUCCGAAAUAUUCAAAUUCACUCAGAUUCAGCAGAGGUUGUGCGUGCAGUGACUAGUCCAUAUCAGCCAGUCGAGAUUGCCACAAUUAUACAUGAUGUCAGGGCUCUGGCUCAUCGUGUUCCUCAAUGGGGAAUUACGAGGGUUAAGAGAGAAAAUCUAGUUGUAGCGCACAAUUUAGCAAUAGCGGCUAGGCAAGGUAAAUUACUUUAG